UCUUUGACAUUAGCUUUCCAUUUUGCUUUUCUCACAAGGCAGCAGUUUCAAAGAUGUCAUCAAAAAGAUCAAGAAAAUCAACACCUUUGACCCGAAGGACAUGGACUACAGCAGAAGAAAGUGCUCUUAUAGAUGGUUUAAAAGAGUUGUGUGCUAAUGGUUGGAGAGCCGAUAAUGGAACCUUUUGACCAGGAUACCUGAUGGAGUUAGAGCACUAUUUGCAUGAACGUCAUCCUGAUAGUCGAUUGAAAGGUUGAUCCAAGUGCAAAAAAUAUGAAUACCAGAAAAUGGCCAAUGUUUGAGGAUUGGGAGGAAAUCUUUGGCAAGGAUAGAGCAACAGGAGAGUUCGCAGAAGGGCCGUUAGAUGCUGCUGAGGAUAUUCUAAGGAGUCAAGCUUCAGGACUUUCUAAUGACAUGAGCUUGGGAUUUCCUAUCGACAUUGAUGAUGAAGAAGAAGAUGAUGCUAGUCACGGACCUAAUAUAGCUACCGAAGAAGCUGAAAAUGCUUAUGCUAGACCUAGUUUCACUGGAGCAUCUGCAUCUGAACAUGAAUAUGCUGGAGCAUUUGAAAAUGAACAUACUGGAUCCCAACGAAACCAUAAACAAGGUGAGCAUGCUAAUAGGUCCUCUGCUAAUGUCAAUGAAAAAGAGAAAAGCAAGAAAAGAAAAAGGGUUGUGGAGGAUGCUACUGAGACAUUUCGUAAGGGUAUGAUGGAAGUUAUGAAAAACUUUACUGAAAGUCAAGACAAAAGAAGGGGUGCCUUGAUUGACAAGAUUGGGGAUCGUGAUCUAUCCGAUCUUCAUGGUCAAAUUUAUUCCAUCCUUGAAUCUCCUGCAUUUGAGUUGUACUCCGGAGAGCAACGUAUCAAAGCUACAAUGAUUCUCUGUGAUGAUGUCAGAAAGAUGAAUCUUUUUUUUACGUAUGGGUGAACUUCAGCGCCAGACAAUAGUCAUCAUGAUCGUCAAUAAUAAACUUUGAAAUAUGGUAAAGUUGUGUGUAUAAGUGGUGGCACUAGUUUAAUAGUUUUUUCUCGACUAACAACUUUAAAGUUUGACUGUAGUGCCAUUUUUUGAUACCUCGGGUUAUGUCCAUACUCUUUAGUUGAUACCUGGUGGGCACGAGGAUGCUAUAUUUUUGUGUAACUAAUGACUAUUAAAUAGCUUAACUCUAGUGUAAAUGUUAAGUGCAUAUGUAAAUGCUAUGACAGUUCUUUGAUUUCUCUUUUUAGCUUAACUAUGUAUUUGAUGCCUCUAAAUUCGACUGUUUUGGUUAUGUCUUUCUGGAGAAUUAGUGAAUCUUGGUCUGUACCUCUAAUGUGGAGUUGAUUGUGAGUAGGAUCUGGUGAAAGUUAAGGUCACAGCAAGUA